GUCGGGUAAAAAAUGUGCAUUUAGUUUUAGUCGGCUUUUUCCCACUUAAAUUAAGUAGACAAUAAUAAUUAACUUUUUUAAGGGUAGUCAUCAAUAAAUUAAUAUAAUCUUAUCAAAACCUUCUUCCCCUUUUCACAGAUAAGUGCUCCGUCAUGAACAUGGAGCCUGACACCAACAUUGACCCUGAGGAGGUGAUCUCUUCUCCCGUCGCUCAAAAGCAGCAACGCCCCUCCUACCUGGACAUCGGUUUGCCAGUCCCCCUCUCCGAGACCUUCAACGAGGCAGUUAUCCGGAAAUUGGAGUCAGAUUUCGAUAUUGCCGCGGCCGAAGAGUCGCGUCAACGAUGCAAUAACAAUAAUAAUAAUCAACAUAACGGGCGACCUUUUCAUCACGCUGACGACGAUGAUGACGACGAUGCUGGCGAACAGAUCAAGACCUAUCUUCGCAUCCGCCCAUACAUGAAAAGCAAUCCGAAUGAAGUGGACCUCCUUCAGAUUAAAGAUGACCGGACGGUGAUUGCUUCCUGCGACGCAGCAGGAAUCCGAGUCAAACGCAUCAAUAAGAAAAUGUCCUUUAACUUCACAAAGGUCAUGGACGACACGUACACGCAAGAACGCGUCUACGAAGAGGCCGUGUCACCACUUCUAGACAGAUUCGACGCUGGCGAAAACUGCCUCAUUUUGUCAUAUGGGGCGACAAAUUCUGGGAAAACAUACACCAUGCGCGGCUCUGCAACCAAAUACGGUAUAAUUCCACGCACCCUGUACUCUAUAUUCGCCCGAUAUCAAGACCGUAUCUACCAAGGUGGUGAAGUUCAACCGUUUCGACAUGAGAGUACCCGCUCAUUGCAGGACGGACAGAAAAAAGAAAUCAGCGACAAGAAGAAAUCUCUCAUAGAAUCGGCGAAUGACACUGUAGAAAUGAAGCACCGUGCCGUACGCUAUUCCACCCUCGCCGCGUCGUCGCAACUUAAUCAGUCCAAAGCUCAUAACAUUCGCACAUCGGAUGGUUCCUCGCACUGUUCGCCUGUCCAGUAUGUUGGUGCUCCCACGCCAAACGUUAACGAAUCAAUGGUUGAGGGGACCGUGUUCGGGAUGUGGGUUUCCUUUGUUGAAUUGUAUAAUGAAAAGUGCUAUGAUCUGUUUUCCCACGGGAGGAGAACCGAGGUUAAAAUCGUAUCGGAAAAGGGAGGUUAUGCAUACUUUAAAGACCUUACCGAACUUCCGGUUUUCUCGGAGGAGGAGGCCUUCGCCUUAUAUGUUGCAGGACAUAAAAAACUUGAAAUAUCUGCAACGCAAGUUAAUCAAACGUCCUCGCGGUCACACUCCUUCUUCACUAUUCGUGUCGUCGAGCUAGGGAAAACGUCCCAGACAGUGUUUCCAGUUACUGCUCAAAGGAUGACCUUCUGCGACCUUGCGGGGUGCGAACGGGUCAACCAAACGGAAAAUACAGGUGGCCAGUUGCGUGAAUCUGCCAAUAUUAAUCAAUCUCUCUCCUCCCUGCUCAAGGUCAUUCGAAUGAUUAGGGAUAAGCAAUCACAAGGACAAAUGCGCGACUUCAAGGACAAGAUUCCCUUCCGUGAUUCCAAAUUGACUCGAAUUUUUCAAGGUUAUUUUUCCAACUCGGCGCACAUCACGAUGAUCGUCAAUGUCAAUCCGUCCCCAAAAAUGGCCGACUCCUCGAUGCAGACUCUCAUGAAUUCAGCUAUUGCAAGCCAUGUUGUCACCUUCCGGCCUCGCCCACCUCCCGCCUCCCAACACGCCUCUCUGCUCCACGACUCCACCAAGAGCAUCUUCUCAAAUUCUUUCCUUCACCGUUCCCUCGAACUCGAAGACGUCCCCGAAGAGCAAACCGAGGACGAUGAGAGUGACGAAAACAAUCCUCCCCCAGAGACCGUGGUGCCCACGAGGAUAAUGCCACCACCAGUGGGAGUAUUGAAUCAGCAAAAUCGAAUCAUUACCACCACUGCAUCCAUGGUUAACGUACAAAUUAAUAAACCCACAAAUAAUCUAAAUCCACGCCACGCCGUCACCUCAAAGUCAACCUUGGCCGCUCGGAAACCAGACACAACGACGUUUAAUGAUUUUAAAGUACCUAAAGCGAAGCCCAUCAAGGUCAUGGAGGUUGUCAAAAACGCACAAAAUGAGAAAUUGCGGGCUGCCGAGGAGGCGGACGCGCUGCGGAGAGAGAACGCCUCCUUGAGGGAAGAACUUGCCGCAUCGGUUGCGUACUUUCAGACCCAAAUUUUCCAACGCGACGCCACGAUCGCCGAGCUUACGCAGAAGAUAAAAACGGUGGAGGCGGAAACGAGGGAACGAAUCCUCGCCACCGUGACACCGCUUAUUAAUGAUACGAGAAAUAUGGACCAAAAAGAAUUAGCAUAUUCUGAUCAACGCUGCAAAGAAUUGAGGACCCGUAUCGCCAAAUUGGAGAAAAAAGAGAUCGCCCUUUCCACACCCACGCCGUGCCCUCUUUCUCGAGACGCUGCAAUCCAAGUCAUUCCAGAAGUUAUUCCAGAAGUUGAUUAAUUUAUUUUCUGAAGUGGUCUAAACUUAGUUAAGUUAGGUUCCAAAGUUAAUUUCUUAAAUCCUUCCAUGAUUUUUAUACCUUUUGUAUGCCCAAUGUGAAUUAUGUAGACUUGGCUCACAAGUUUGCAACUCUAUAAAUUCUGCAUGCCUUCUAAAAUUAUUUUAGAAACGUUUGCCAAACAAGAGACGUCUUAGAUCUGCAUAAGUUUACUAUUGAUUUAUUACCUGAUUUUCGUACAUAAUCCAUCUUUACUUAUACGAAGACAAAAUCAGAGAAGAAAGACGUGUGUAUUUUGACAAUAAAGAUUUUUCCAUAAAAUUUUAUAUUUAUGAAAUUUCUCAACUACAAUACAAUUUUUAAUACGCUUAAAAUUCUGUCCUGCAAUAAUAAUUUUGAUACAAAUUUGUACAUUCUGUCACAAACUACUUUAUUUUAUAAUUAAUUAAAGUAAAUGCAAAUAAUCUGUAUUUAUUUACUCAAUAGUUAAAUGAUAAAUGAUAUGCAAAAAUAAAUUCGCGUAUCAAGUCAGGUCUUUUUUGUGUACGACAUUUUGUAAACUUGUGAGAUUCAUGGCAUGAAUUUCAUGCAUAAAGAAACAAAAUACCGGUUUGGUUAAAACGUAUCAUGUGACUCUUGCUUAAAUUCUUCUCCAGCGAACUCAAAACCGGAAGUAAUCUGUCCUGUGACUUGUGAGCGUGACGGUGACACAAGCAAAUGUCACUUCAAAAAAACA